AUGAAGUUCAUGAAACUUGGAACAAGGCCUGAUAAUUUCUACACUGAACAAGCUACCAGGAGUGUGGUUUCAGAUGUACAUGCUGACCUUGUGAUAAAAAUCAAUGAUACUACUUAUCUGCUACACAAGUCUUCGCUUCUGCCAAAAUGUGGCCUUCUACAAAGACUUUGCUCAGAUUCUAGUGAUUCUGAGAAUGUUCCUCAAGAGCUUCAUGAUAUGCCAGGUGGUGCAGAUGCUUUUGAACUCUGUGCUAAGUUCUGCUAUGGAGUUUCAAUCAACAUCAGUGCUCAUAACUUUGUACCUGCACUCUGUGCUGCUAAGCUCCUACAAAUGAAUGAAUCCGUUGAGAAAGGAAACUUUGUAAGCAAACUUGAGGCUUUCUUCAGUUCAUGCAUUCUUGAAGGAUGGAAGGACUCCAUUGCAGCACUGCAGGCCACUGAAAAGUUACCGGAGUGGUCUGAGAAUCUUGGCAUAACAAGAAAAUGCAUUGAUUCAAUUAUUGAGAAAAUUCUUACACCCCCACCACAGGUCAAAUGGUCCUAUACCUACACUAGGCCUGGUUAUACUAGAAAACACCAUCAUUCAGUCCCAAAGGAUUGGUGGACAGAGGAUGUGUCUGAUCUUAACAUAGAUCUUUUCAGAUGCAUAAUAAUGGCUAUUAGAUCAACGUAUGUGCUCCCACCACAGCUUAUUGGUGAAGCUUUGCACGUCUAUGCUUGUAAGUGGCUACCUGGCAUUACAAAGCUUAAAAAUUCAUCCGGUUCUGCAGCAAUAACAGAAGAAUCCAAAGCGAGUAACCGAAAAAUUCUGGAGACAAUUGUGAGCAUGAUUCCUGCUGAUAGAGGGUCGGUUUCAGCUGGCUUCUUGUUAAGGCUUCUCAGUAUUUCAAGCCUUCUUGGUGUCUCCCCAGUGACAAAAACAGAACUGGUGAAGAGAGCCAGUAUACAGUUUGAGGAGGCAACAGUGAGUGACUUGCUUUAUCCUUCAACAUCCUCUUUGGACCAAAAUUUUUAUGACAUUGAUUUAGUUCUAGAAGUGUUGGAAAGUUUCUUGAAGUUUUGGAAAAGAAUCUACCCAGGUGCUGUGGAUAACAGGCACUUGUUAAAAUCAAUUAGAAAAGUUGGUAAGCUCAUUGAUUCCUAUCUUCAAGUGGUGGCAAAGGAUGAUAAUAUGCCAGUGUCAAAGUUUGUCUCUCUGGCUGAAUCUGUGCCAGCUAUCGGGCGAUUAGAGCAUGAUGAUCUCUACCAGGCUAUCAACAUCUAUCUGAAGGUGCAUCCUGACCUGAGCAAAGCAGACAAAAAGCGUUUGUGUGGGAUUUUGGAGUGCCAAAGACUGACCCCAGAAGUACGUGCGCAUGCAGUCAAAAAUGAAUUUCUGCCAUUAAGAACUGUGGUGCAGCUUCUCUACUUUGAACAAGAAAAAGAUUCUAAGGAUACCACUAGUUCCAAGCUGCAAAAAUCACAUGAUCUACUUCUAGGAGCAAAAAAAAGACCAGCCACUAGAGAGAGCCAUGGCAAGCGGUCUUUAAUAAACAAAGAAGAAUUCAACAGAGAACAACUCACAAGAAGAACCUCCCAUGCUGAAGGCAGAGAAAAGGGUCAACACAAAGCUAAACAAUCAGAUACUAAGCUAGCAUUGGAUUUGGAAAGAAAGAUGGUUAUAAGAGGAGACACUGAAGAGAUAGGGUCAGAAAAGUUAAGGGGAUCCAAAGAGGAGAGAAUGUCAACCAGCAAGUUGGACUUGGAUACUAAGAAUAACAUACAAAGGGCAAGAAGCAAAAAAUCAGAACAUGGCCGUGAAAAGAGAAGAUAG